AAGAAAGAUGGACGAUGCUAGUUCAGCUAAAAAGAACAGACGCGAAUCUUGCUGCAUCAGAUCAUACUUUUUCUUUACUAAGCUUUAAAUGUAUAUGUAUUUUAUUUUAACUAGUGUGUAUAUAUACUAAUUCAGUUAAAAAAAACAGAUCAAAUGUGAAUCAAGUGCUGAACGUGUCAAUUUUCACUUUGCUGUAUAUACGCUUCCGGUGGUGAACGUGGUGACUUUUUACGUGCCUUUAACCUGUAUUUUCAAGUUAUAUGACACACAUCUCGUGUAAACAAAAUUUUUUGGUUAUGGCCACGUCUCCGGAUUUUGAUUUAAAAGAGCGGCUAGAUAUUAGUUUUAAAGAUACAGCGGCUCUAAGUUCAUUAUGCAGAAAUAUAGCUUCCGAAAUAGAAUCAGGUUCUAUGAAACUAUGUACAUUUGUGGAGAUACUAGGUUCUUAUGUGACAGACCAAAAUAUUGUUACAAGGGAGAAAGGAGUUACAGCCCUUUCUUCUGUUUUGUCACAGCUACCUCAAAAUUAUCUCAAUGAAUCAGAAUUAUAUUUUAUUACAAUGUUUUACUGUGACAGGAUAAAGGAUCACUAUAGUAUCAUACCAUCUGUACUAAAUGGUAUUCAAGCAAUUGUAAACAUGACUCAUUUACCUCAAAAUGUACCAUCGUCUCUAUUAAAAGUUAUGUUUGAGCACGUUCCAUGUCAAUCUCAGCUGUUGUCAGAACGUCGCAAAAUAUAUUUAAUACUUAAAUAUUUAAUAGAAAAUAGAUCAGAUGAUCUGCGAUCUCUGGGACCAGAUUUAGUUUAUGGUAUUAUCAGCUCUAUGGAUGGUGAAAGAGAUCCGAAUAAUCUCAUGUUAUUGUUUAAUAUAUUACCACGUUUUAUAAAAGAAUUCCCGUUAGGUCAUUUAACUGAAGAAAUGUUUGAAGUUAUGGCAUGCUAUUUUCCAGUUGAUUUUAAUCCUUCAGGUGUAGAAGAUCUAAGUGUGACGCGAGAAGAUUUGGCAAAAAAAUUGAUUCCUUGUUUAUGUGCUAUCCCAGAGUUUGCGGAUUAUUGCUUGCCUCUUAUACUCGACAAGUUACAGUCUACUCUCAAAGUUGCUAAACUUGAUUCUUUAAAUCUAUUACAUGAAAGCGUUCAAACAUUUGGAUUGUCAAAAAUAAAAUCGUACCUGCCAGAACUAUGGGCAACUUUGAAGAAAGAAGUGAUAUCCGGAAGAGAUACUGAAACAAGAGAUGCUGCUUUAAAAGCAAUAACAUCUUUAAUUAGAGUUAUAUCAAUUGAUGAAACUAUUUGUAAAGAUUUUAUUGACAAGAUAAUCACAGAUGUAAAGUCAUCGUUGUGUGAUGUACAACUUAGUUUGUACAAACCUGUUCAAACGCUACUGGAGACAAUUGCUGUAAUUACUAAGAUAAUAUGUGUGCAAAUUCUGCAAGCUAUAAUACCUUUAUGUCUCGGACAAUACUCUACAAAAAAUUCAUUAAACGAUAAAAUUGUAUUGAUAGAUUCUUUAAAUAAUUUUAUGAAUAUCUCUUCUAAUUACGGCUUUUGCAUUCAAGUGGAAUUUAAUUUAGAUGUUCCAGAAUUAUCAUGGACAAAUAUACCUCAAACAUAUUUAGACAGUUUAAUGGUAGAAAGUACUGAGUUAAAAAGCAAAAUAUUUUACGGCUUAACAAUCCAAAAAGGAUAUUUAAAUGAUGUACAACGUUCUAUAUUAUAUAACGCGGUAUGCAAUGAAAUUGAAACAGGAUGUGAUGAAAUACAAAUUGUAUGUCAUACAACUAUCAUAGAUUUUGCUACGUUAUAUCAUGAAGAAAUAUUAACAUUAGUUAAAGAAAGAUUGUUAUCAAAUACAGAUGAAAUAGGAGUAGAAUUGCUAAAACGUAGGAUAAAAGCCUUGACAGCAAUUGCAACAAUACGCGAAUUAGGCUGCGUAAUACUUCCGAAAAUUGUUACGAUGUUAGACACUGAUAAUACUGACAUAUGCAUUACUGCAUUACAAAAUAUCCAGAAGCUGAUUGCUUUAAAAAAAUCUGAAUACAACAUACAUCAAUUUUUAUAUGAAGAAUGUCAUAUUAUUGAUAAAUUAAUUUCGUACAAGGCAAAUGUUAUCGAUCUCUCUCAUAAAAUACUGAUAUCUAAUAUCUGCCAUUUAAUUGUACGAAAUCUUACAAUCGAAGAACAACGUGCAAUUGUAGCGAAAUAUGCCGUGGCUUUAAAUACAAAAAUUCCCGAAACUGAUGUGACUACAAUGAUGAAUCUUUUUAUACCCUUGCGAAAGGAUAUCAACUUGAACAUUAAUAAUGAUGCAAUGAUAAAUCUAUAUAAUUUAGCAACUAGUAAUCGCAAUCUGGAAAUAAGGCAAACGAGCUGUAAAUUUUUAUCUGUUUUAUUGAAUAAAAUGGAAGUAUCAGAUCUCGAUAGAAUUAUACCUUGUCUAGAAGACAAAAUAAAUAAUAAUUUAAGAGCGGACGAUGAUAUUGAAUUAAAGCAGUAUACAAUUAAUUUUCAAAUUUGGAUGACUAAAGCACUCGUUAUGAGAGGACAUGCAAAGUUUCAAAAAUUUUUAGAGACUCUUACAUAUCUAUUAACUCAAAAUGAAAUAGGUCAAUUUGUAGGCGAACAUUAUCAAAUUUUAGUAAGUAAAUAUGAGGAUAUUUUGAUACCGGAAAAUUUCUGCAAUGUGAAAAUUUUUUAUAAGCAAAGAGUGUUUGAAUAUUUAUUGCGACAAAACGUUAAUUUUACAAACUCAAUAAGACAGAAUUAUCUUAUUGCUUUUGUACAUUUACUAGAACAAAUACCGAAAAAAUUAUUAUUUCUACAUUUAACUGAGUUGGUACCGUUGUUGAUCGAGUCUCUAUCUCUCAAUGAUGAGCGUCUGGUUCUUUGGACUUUGACAUCAUUUAAACUUUUACUUGAUACCAAACAUGAUGUAUUUUCUGAUAAUAUACAAUGUGUUAUACCAAGACUUAUGCAUUUAUCAACACAUCGAAUUAUGAGUGUUAGAAUCGCAGCUUUGGAAUGCCUAACGCACUAUGCUAAGUAUCCCACUAUUUUGAUCAAUCCAUACAAGCAGAGUAUAUUAGAUAAAUUGGGGACAGUAAUCGACGAUCGCAAGCGUUUAGUUAGGAAGGCUGCAGUGGAGGCGAGAACACGAUGGUUUAUAGUGGGUGCAUCUGGAGAACAGUCAAACGAGUGAAUAUUAUAGUUCAGUUCUGUAUAGAUAUGUCCGAUGUGAUUUUAUGAAUAUUUCUUUCUUUCUCUUUAUGUGUAUAAUAAAAAAAUGUAAAUUUUUCAUUGCUGAAUAUUAACAUCUAUAAAUUG